AUGCUCAGAAGAGUACCCACGACGACCGAUGGAAAGGUUAUUGACCGCUUUCAGGAAAGCGCACGUGUCAACAAGCCAUUCAAAGCGCCCACACUCGUAACCACACGCGCGCAGCCAGAACGCAAGCGCAAACGCGUCUCUUACAAGGGCGCGGACACAACAGCAGACGACGACGAUGAUGAUCCCAAAGCGAAACGGCGGAAGUCUAUGAAUGACGCGUAUCUUGAAAAGCCCAAGCCCAUCGUGCAGUACCCAACAUAUAAAGUGACGCCGUUCGCCGUGAUUCAGGCGCGCAAAUACGAGAUCCCAGCGAUUAAGCAGAAAGAUGGCACAAUGCUCCGCGUCCUACCCUCUCGACCCUCACUGGGCAUUCGACCUCCCAUCAAACUCCUGCCACGACCACUGCAUGACCCGAUGGAGGACCACGCUCUUGUUCUUUACGACCCAACUAUAGACGACCGUGAGACGGAUGAGGAGAGGAAGGAGCGGGAGAAGGAAGAGGCCAAAGAAGCAGCACGAAAGGCGGCGCUGGAGAAGAACGCGGGCAUGUUCAAUCCGCAUGGGAAGUCGUUGAAGCAGCUCCUCGGCGAUGGCCAAGACAAGAAGAAGCUCAACGACAAGGUCCCAGUCGUCAUAGACCCUAUGCUGACGAAGGUUUUGCGGCCGCAUCAGGUGGAAGGAGUGAAGUUCUUGUACAAGGCGACGACAGGCAAGCUAGUCGACAACCAGUACGGUUGCAUUAUGGCGGACGAGAUGGGUCUGGGCAAGACGCUACAAUGUAUCGCGCUCUUAUGGACUUUACUCAAGCAGUCGCCGCACGCCGGCAAGCCUACCAUCCAGAAGUGCAUCAUUGCAUGCCCGUCUAGUUUGGUUCGCAACUGGGCGAACGAGUUCACUAAAUGGCUUGGACCUAACGCCAUCAAUCCAUUGGCGGUUGACGGGAAAGGCGGGAGAGGAGAGUUAUUGGGGCGCGUCGAACGUUGGGUCGCCGCAAGUGGGCGCAACGUUACACAGCCAGUAAUGAUUGUAUCAUAUGAGACGUUGCGAACACUAGAGCAGUACCUCGUCAACUGCAAGAUUGGGCUACUCCUUUGUGAUGAAGGUCAUCGUUUGAAGAACUCUGAAUCACUCACUUACAAGGCUCUGGAUGCACUGGACGUUCAGCGCCGUGUCAUCCUGUCCGGUACUCCAAUCCAGAACGACCUGUCAGAGUACUUCUCCCUACUGAGCUUUGCCAACCCGAACUUCCUCGGUACGAAGAACGACUUCCGGAAGAACUUCGAGAACGCCAUCAUCCGCGGUCGCGACGCAGACGCCUCCGACGCCGACAAGGCCGCUUGCGAGAAAAAGCUCAAAGAGCUCGGCGAACAAGUCUCCAAGUUCAUCAUUCGGCGCACGAACGACCUACUCUCCAAGUACCUCCCUGUCAAGUACGAGCAGGUCGUCUUCUGUGGUCUAUCCGACUUCCAGAGGUCCUUGUACAACUUGUUCAUCACGUCACCGGAGAUCAAGGCAUUGCUUAAGGGCAAGGAAUCGCAGCCACUCAAGGCGAUCAAUGUUUUGAAGAAGCUUUGCAACCAUCCGGAGCUGCUGGACUUGCCGAAGGACUUGACGGGUUCGGACCACUUGAUUCCUGAAGACUUCGUUGGCGCUGGUGGUGGUGGCAAGACAGGCGGAUCGAGAGGAAGGGGCAAUCCUACGGUCAUGCACUGCGAAUGGGGCGGAAAGUUCUUGGUGUUGGAGAGGUUCUUGCACCGUAUCAGGACGGAGACGAACGACAAGAUCGUGCUCAUCAGCAACUACACGCAGACGCUAGACCUGUUCGAGAGGCUACUACGGAACAAGCAAUAUGGCUACUUCCGCCUAGACGGCACCAUGACCAUUCCCAAGCGCCAGAAGAUGGUCGACCAGUUCAACAACCCAGAGGGGAAGGAGUUCGUCUUCUUGCUCAGCAGUAAAGCCGGUGGUUGCGGUAUCAAUCUCAUUGGUGCGAACCGACUCAUUCUCUUCGACCCUGACUGGAACCCUGCGGCCGACCAACAGGCGCUGGCACGUGUCUGGCGUGAUGGCCAGAAGAAAGAGUGCUUCGUAUACCGUUUCAUCUCGACCGGCACGAUCGAGGAGAAGAUCUUCCAGCGUCAGGCGAACAAGCAAGCGCUUUCCUCAGCCGUGGUCGACGAGAAAGAAGACACGGAGCGUCAUUUCUCAAUCGAUGCGCUACGGCAGCUGUUCCUGUUCAACGACAAGACGCUCUGCGAGACGCACGAGACGUUCAAGUGUAAGCGCUGUAAGAACGGGAAGCAGAUGAUCAAGGCGCCUGCGUUGUUGUAUGGCGACGCCAGCACAUGGAACCACUUCACGAAUGCGGAACUCAAGAAUAACCAUGACGACCUAUUACGCGCGGAGGUUGGGCAACCGGAGGUCUCUUUCGUUUUCCAGUAUAUCAGCCAUUAG